CGGCAUUCCUCUGCUAUGAUAAACCUGCUCGACUGGGUGGCCACAUACACUGUAAAUUUUCUUCCAAAUAACAAGAUCGCUCAAUGAUCUGAGUUACCAGACAAACAUUAUGGAGUUCAAGUUCAAUGUCAACCCUGUUCUCGGCGAUGCGAUUUCAGUGUUUGAUGGUGCGGUGAUGCCAUACCGAAAACACAGUUCCGAUUCUUCAAAUCAGCUGUUUACCAUCAUUGAUGAAAUGGGACGAUCAUCAGCAAAGGCCCAAGGUUUGCGUGGACCAAUCACAUCAGCUAGUAAGUUACGACUAUCUGAUCACCGACUGUAUGUAAUGAAAGAUGCUGAAAGUAAUAAAGGUUUGGGUGCAGUUAUUGGUAUUUUAAAAGUUGGCAGAAAAAGACUAUUUAUUGUUGACAUUCAUAAUACUCAAAAUGAAAUGGAACCAUUAUGUGUGUUAGAUUUUUAUGUUCAUGAAUCUUGUCAAAGGAAAGGAUAUGGUAAAAAACUGUUUGAGUACAUGUUGAAGGCAGAGAGUGUCCGCCCUCAGCACUUAGCUAUUGACAGACCGUCUUCCAAAUUUACAUCAUUUUUAAUGAAACAUUAUAAAUUAAGGACCACAAUAUCUCAGGUGAACCACUUUGUAGUUUUUGAUGGAUUUUUCUCUGGACAACCUGAUUUCGUUUAUGUGAGAAAAAAAUCCAGGUUUAGUGUAAACAAGAGACCGCCAUUGCCGCCUCGUGCCCAUAGUAGAGAUGGCUAUGCGAGUAGAAUUCCAGAAGUGAGUGCAGACAUAUUAAAUAAUGUCAGACCUGUCUCGGGAAGCGCUGGUGUAGAUAGAAGUACAACACAAAAUACUGCAGGGAAUAUCUUACAGACUCCCCAAAGGCCACACAGUAGACAAAGUGUCUCCAGCCAGGGAUUAGGCGCACAAGCCAAUAAAUACAGUAGAUACGGAAAUAAUCCAUUAUCCACGCCCCCUGCUACGAGAAGACAGAAUAGUUACACUAAACCAUCAGAUUCUGCAUUUACCAGGAAUAGUCCUAUUUUAGGAGGGUCAUCUGGCAGUGUGGUACCCUCCAAUACAGUGGUAACCAGGGAUGCAACGCCACCAUUUGGCAGAGCUGCAAACUUUGAACUUAAUACUCAUUUACAAACACAGACUCGAGAUGGUCAUUUAAAACUUGCUCCAACAGCCACAGUAGUCACCCAGAAUACCUCAUCACCAUCAUCAGCUGGGGUUACUAUGGAAACCACAUUGCCUGGGACAAAAACUCAGAGUGCUGGGACGACACCUACUUCUCAAAAAACAAGUAUUGGAAGAUCUGAGGAAGCGAUGAGAAAUGUUGAUGAGGCUGGAAAUUAUUGUUUAUCUAAUCAAGAAAAAAGAGUUGCUAUGGAUUCUUCAUGGAAUGUGUUAGGUGUACCACCACGACAUCCGACCACGGCAACUAACAAUCCACAAUAUUAUAAUAGUAGAAACUCUCACUGGGCAGCCAACAGGUUCUGGUAG